CUAAUAACGGUCACCGUUUAGAUUGCAACAGAAACGUUGAAGAACUGAGCAUUGAUUAUCUGUUUUCGAGGCAAAAUGAUUUACCGAUUAUUUUUGGUCGCAUUAGCUCUGUUUGUUUGCUGUAAAAUGUCAACUUUUGCAAACCCAAUCAUUAGAACAAAAGGGGAAGCUCCUGACAUAGAGGAAAUUGCGAACAGAGAGUACGACACAGUUCAUGGUAGAAUCUUAGCUGUCAACAUGGCUACUUUGAGGAAAAGAAGGCUGCAAGGAACACCAGAAAAUCCAUUUGAAAGAAUCGAAAACAUCGAUGAAGAUGAUGAUCUUAACCUAUACCAGGGUGAUAUCCAACUGGAUGAAGAUUCAGAAGAACUCCUUCACAUGCCGAACAGGACUAUUUCAAAACGAAAUGGCAUAAGUAGAAAAGCUCAUCUUUGGACAUCGAGAAGAAUUCCUUAUUUGGUGCCUGGACACAUGGCUCAUAUCAAAGGAAAACUUUUGACUGCAUUUAGCCAUUUCCACAAGCACACUUGUAUUCGUUUUGUCCCAUAUCAACCAGGACGUCACAAGAACUACAUCAUGUUUGACGAUAAAAAAGGGUGCUCCUCUGCGAUUGGCAGAGCAUACCAUAUUACUGGUGCUCAACGUUUAUCUCUUGGUAGUGGAUGUCAAUUUGUAGGCACUAUAAUACAUGAGCUACUACAUGCAGUAGGAUUUUGGCAUGAGCAGGCUCGGCCAGACCGGGACAAGUACGUCAAGAUAUAUUGGGAAAACAUAAGUAAAGGAAACGCAGAUCAGUUUACCAAGAUUACGUCCGUGGAUACGUUGGGUACAUCCUAUGACUACGAUUCUAUUAUGCAUUAUGAUAGAACGGCAUUUUCCAAAAAUGGCAAGCCAACUAUUGUGGCCAUUGGUGAUGAAAAACGCAAAUUUGGAUCCAGGCUAUUGAGUACUAAGGACAUCAUUGAGAUAAAUGCUUUGUAUGAUUGUAAAG